ACCAGUUGUAGUGGGAGGUCGCAUCAGGGGUCAUACGUGUGACUUUUGAUCUAUGAUGAGUAUGACGUCAAACAUUUGAUUAACCAAUCAGCGUUGAUGUUUCUAGUAGUAGGAUACACACAAUUACCUGCAUCACACGCCAAGAACUUGCUACAACAGACCGUUUCAUUGAUAUAAUGAAAUGGUAUCGUGUCUGUGUGAGCUGUAUAUAUGGUCACUUAGAAACCUGUAUGCCAUUCCAGAUAGUGUAAUAGGUUGUCACAGCUACCAUGAUAAAGUUACUUCUAAAGAACAACCAUAUUAUGAAGAAAAACAACAAUAUAUUGAAGCCCGUGACAUGGUAUGGUCUCCAAGAAAUAAAAGACCAGAAAAAUUGCGUGAUAACUUAAAAGAAGUUGAAGAUCUACUGAGUCAGUUUCAUUGUGUUGAUGUUAGAUGGAAAAGUAAUCAAAUUCUUCAGGUUGUAUUGAGUAAUGGUUGUAUAAUAUCAUUUGUUGUAUCAGCACACUCUGGAGAUGUAGAAAAAAUACUCUUAGAUAAAUCUGUGGUGGGAAAAUUUUAUUCCGAUCUUAUCUCUUCUGCUCAUUUUACAGAUCAGUUUCUGAUAGCUUCCUUUCCUGAUUCCAAUAAGUUAGAUUAUGUAUAUUUUACUAAAAGACCAUCACUUGUUGAAGCUGCUAAGAGACUUGAUAAGUUAGCAGCAUGGGAACCCAAGAUUAUUCAGGUUGAUAUUCCUGGUCCUAAAGGUAGAAGAUUGGACAGAAAGUUCUCGGCUAAUAUUCAUCACGAUCAUAUAUUGGUAUGGUGGAUGACAGCUAGUGAUGAGGCAUGGCCGUGGAGUCCAGUGUCAACUGACAAAGAUAGAGCUAAUUUAGUAGUGUUACAUGUUAACGGACCUUCCGUCGACGUGCUACACUUUACUAGAACAGAGAGUGAUCCGUUACAUGCUAAAUUUAGUCAUCUUCAAUCAGAGCGACUGUUUACAGUAGAACAGUCAACAGGUUCUAGAGGUGAAAUUAUUCUACAUAGUUGUAUAUAUGAUAUAAUUAAAGGAAAGAUACAACGAACAUCUAUUAUAUCCAUAACCCUUAAAAGCAAUAUUGUUUGUGAAAGUAGGAAUCCUGCUGAAGAUAAAUUAUUACUUGGUUGUGUUGAUGCAUCAUUGGUGAUGCAUGAUGAUCAGAAAAAAAUAACACAAAUAACUCGAUGUGCCUUGAAACCAGCAUGUAUGGCAUGGCAUCCAACUGGUACUAUAGUAUUUGUUGCUAGUGGACGUGGUGAUAUUCAGAUUUUUGACAUGGCUUUGUCUCCACUAAGAAUCCAACUUGUUGAAGAGGAUCCAAAUUCAGAAAGACUUCUAAAAAUCAGUCGAUUUUUCAGAUUUCCGCCUGUUCUUAAUAAAAUGGAGUGGUGUCCCUUUGAUCCCCAGUCUGUUGAUAGUACAACUGAUUAUGUGGAUUCUCUCUAUUUUGUUUUUGAUAAGGGGCCUCCACUUCUGUUACAGUUUCAUUUGGGUGUUGUGAGUCGAGAACGGUUUUCUUCAUCAGAAUUAGUUAAAGAAUAUAUUAAGUUUAAGCAGUUAGAUGAGGCUGUUAGUCUAUUAUCGUGUUUAAACUGGGAUUCAGAUGGUCCAACAUGUUAUUAUUGUUUAUCAACUAUAGCCAAUCAUCUCUUACGUCUGCCACUGAAUGCUGAGAGAGAAGCCCAACUAGAGGCAACCCUAGCUACAUUCUAUACUCCUACACCACCUAUAUCAGAAGCUAUUAUAUUUGAAUAUAGAGAUCCUAUCAGUCGACUAGCUCGCAGGUUCUUUCACCAUCUUUUACGAUACGCUAGAUUUGAUAAAGCAUUUUUACUAGCAGUUGAUAUUGGUGCUAGAGAUCUCUAUAUGGAUAUUUAUUAUAUGGCCCUGGAUAAAGGUGAAACUGCCUUAGCAGAUGUAGCAAAGAGAAAGGCACAACAAGUUGAUUCUGAAUCACUGGAUGGUAUAAAUGGUAUAGACAGUGAGUUAACAUUAGAUGAUGUUUAUAUACAAGAAUUACCAAUACCUACAUCACAAUAUCAACAGUCAACAACAGAUAGAUUACCUAGAUCAAGACAACAUCCAUGGCAACAUGAUAGAGAUUACUGUCCACCAUCAUUAUCUAAUCAAAAUAUAGCACAUAAUCAAAAUAAUCAUCACAAUUCAUUUCCAGGAGAUUUAUCAGAAUUUGAUCAACUUGGAAUAUCUAGUGAUCUAGUUAGUGAUUAUACAAAUGCUUUAUUGGCACCAAGUUUUGGUCAACAUGGUCAGACACAUGAAACUGAUCAGGUAGAAGAUGAUAAUGGCCACUCUGUUAAGGUUAUUCAUUUUGGAAUUGUAUAAACAUCAUUUUAAUUGAAACUACUAAAAUAAUUUAUAUUUAUAUCAUUAUCCAUAUACAGAGUAGAAAAUAUAUUUAAUAUAAUU